UUAGGUUGGGAAUUUGCUUCGACGUGUCUGUGGAGCAGCAGGUCAGUGUGUGUCUGCUGUCCUCUCCGCGGUCCGCUCCCGGGUUUCCUCCGCUCCUGACCACUCUGUGGGAGAGACCGCAGUGUCCAGAGGAAAUGGCAGAGACGCGUUUAGCAGCUCAGAUGUUCCUGUGGAGUCUUUCCGCCAUCUACAUGUUCGCCUUCGCUUCGAUUUAUCUGCAGAUUCCGGGUCUGUAUGGUAAUGAGGGUAUCCUCCCGGCGAGGUGGAUGAUGCGGUUGGUGGGGAAGAGCGUGUGGGAGCGGCUGAGGGACACACCCACUCUGCUGUGGUUCGGCCCGCAGCUCGGCCUGGACACGCAGCACUGCAUGGAGCUGCUGAGUCUGAGCGGAACUCUUCUUAGCCUGGCGGCCAUGACGGUCCCUACCCUCCGAGACUGCAGGCUUUAUCUCAUCCUGUGGGUUCUCUACCUGUCUCUGUACCAGGUCGGCCAAGUCUUCUUAUACUUCCAGUGGGAUAAUCUCUUGUUAGAGGUGGGCUUCCUGGCCAUUCUUGUUGCCCCUCUGAAGAUGCCGUGGGGUUACAGAGUGAGUUUCCAUGAUGGUGUGACCUUCUGGCUCCUCCGCUGGCUGCUCUUCCGCCUAAUGUUCGCUUCUGGAGUGGUCAAGCUGACCAGUCGCUGUCCCACCUGGUGGGGUCUCACAGCACUGACGUAUCACUAUGAGACACAGUGUAUCCCGAUGCCCUUGGCCUGGUUUGCCCACCAGCUGCCCGUGUGGUUUCAGAAGGUCAGCGUGGUGGCCACCUUCGUCAUCGAGAUCGUGCUCCCGUUUCUGUUCUUCAGUCCGAUCCGCCGACACCGCCUCUUUUCCUUCUACAUGCAGGUCUUACUGCAGGUGCUGAUCAUCCUCUCUGGGAAUUAUAACUUCUUUAACAUGCUGACCAUCGUGCUGUGUUUCUCUCUGCUGGACGAUGAACAUGUCAGCUUCUGGCUCUGCAGACGCAGGCAGCAGAUGGAGAGGAGUACGAGAUUCACCUGCUUUUACAUUCUCUUUAUUCCAGACUCCCUGCAGGCCGUGUUGUCGUGGGUGUGUGUCGUGGUCGAAGUGGGUGUUUACGUUCUGCUCGGCUACUGGACCGUCCUCUAUUUCGACCUGAAAGUAGACUGGGACAAGAAAAGUGUCUCCUCUAAAACAGCUUUCACACAUUAUGAUUUUAACAGCUUCCUGAAGGCCGUAACAGUGCCCAGUAUAUGGAUCGGGGUUCUGUCUCUCACCUGGGAGAUCAUUACUGCCAUGUUCAGGAGUGCGUGUGUGAGGGGUGUGUUUCGUCGUCUCUGGAGCACGAUGCAGUGGGGCAUCUUCUCUGCAGCAGCAGCCUCAAUGUUCGCCAUCAGCCUGGUUCCAUACACCUACAUCGAGUACGAGGCUCACUCUAACCUGUGGCCCGGUGUGCGCAGGGCGUUCGAUCUGACUGAUCGUUAUCAGCUGGUGAACUCGUACGGUCUGUUCCGGAGGAUGACCGGGGUCGGAGGUCGCCCUGAGGUCAUCAUGGAGGGCAGUGUAGAUGGGAGCAGGUGGACGGAGAUUGACUUCAUGUAUAAACCAGGGAACGUGAGCACAGCGCCCCCGGUGGUGGUUCCUCAUCAGCCCCGACUGGACUGGCAGAUGUGGUUCGCGGCUCUCGGCCCUCACACUCAGAGCCCGUGGUUCAGCAGCCUCGUGCGCUGCCUCCUACAGGGGAAGAGGGAUGUGAUAAAGCUGAUUCAGACAGAUGAGACUCGUUACCCAUUCAUUAAACAGCCUCCAGUCUACAUCCGCGCUCACCGCUACAAGUACUGGUUUACUGAGCCCAAAGAGGACGGGUCAUUACCUCAGAGGUGGUGGAGGAGGAUCUAUGUAGAGGAGUUUUAUCCUCCUGUGCGUCUUGGUGAUGCGGUUUUGGAGGAUAUGCUGACUCAGCACGGCCUCAAUGUAAAGGAUAAGACUCCCACACGCCGUGCUCCCAGUUCGUGGCUCUUGCGGAUGUUGCAGUCUGUAGGUGAACACGCGAGGGACGUCCCGGCUCACGUCCUGCUGUGGACGCUCUUCAGCUCAGCGACCACCGUGUGUCUGAUCAACUGUCUGAUCUCAUACACUCGUCCUCCGACACACACACACUCCCAAGAGAAGCAGCAGGAGGAGAAGGAGAAGCAUGUGAAGAAGGAAAUGGAAGAGCUAUACACCCCACUCCUGACCUCCCAGUGUUUGCCAGUUUCCAGUGUGACCACUGCCCUACCCCUGGUCAGAGUCUCAUCGCUUGAUGGUGCCCACUGAUGCUGUGGAUGGAUCUGUGUGGACCAGGAGACAGCCAUGGACAGAGACACUUGGGGACUUUCACACCAUCACAGAUCUGCCAUUUCAUCUGUCCACUUGUGACCGCAAAGUAUUAGUGUCUAUAAUGACCUCAGAAACUACAAUGACCUAAUAGUUCCUCAUGGGUCAUUGAAAGGACAUUAAUCAGCUACAGUUACAUUAUUUUCUGUUUAGUGUCACCCAAAUGAGGAUGGGUUCCCUUCUGAGACUGGUUCCUCUCAAGGUUUCUUCCUUUCCAUCCCAGGGAGUUUUUCCUUGCCACCGCCGCCACAGGCUUCUCAUUAGGGAUAAAAUUGUCUAAUUAUAGAAUUUAAUAAUUUAUUCUUAUUUCUAGUUAAUUAGUUAUUUUUCAUUUUCCCCUCCCCUUUCUCUGUUUUCUUCUUUUGUAAAGCUGCUUUGAGACAAUGUUCAUUUUAAAAGGCACUAAACAAAAUAAAUUGAAUUGACUUGAAUGAUGGAGUAGCUUCUGAACCUGCAGUCUGAGGCCCAGUCCACAUGAACACGGGGGUUUAUAAAAACAGAGUUUUUCCUACUUUUAAAAAAAACCCUCUCGUCCACAUAAAAACGCAAAACCGCGGUCUGAAGCGCUGUCAUGAGCAUGCACAACCAACAGGUGGCGAUAUAAUCUCCACCGUAAAGCCAUGUUGGCCAUGAUGUUGUCACAAGCACUGUUGCCAGAUUGGGCGGGUUUCCUCCCAGUUGGGCUUCUUUUGGUCACGUCUCACCGGGAGAAAGUGCAUUGGGUUGAUAAAAUCUGGGCUGGUUUUUAUUUUUGACUAUAAACAUGAUAUUUUAUUAAUUUUCUAUUCAGACAAAUAAAUAAAGUAGAAUAUGUAAUGUUGGUGUUUUAAUUAUAUGGUUCAGUUUAGCCAAUAAGGUUCAGGAGAGUCCUGUCCAGUCAGACUUCAGUCUUGAUUAGCGGGUUGUUGUAAUCGUUCUACUCGUUAAGCCGAUAUCACAAAGUUAUCAUUAACAGUUAUAACCGUUUGUUAUUGUAUUAGUUAUAACAGUGUGCAUUUUGGGCAGGUAUUUUUUUUAAAUGGGAGGGUUUUAAGCUGUAGUUUGCCUGGAAAUCUUCAAUCCAAUCUGUUCACAAGCCAAAACUCUGCGGUUUCUCGGUCUACACGAUAACACUGAACCGGAGAUUUUAAAAAAAACUUCAUCCUGGCAGGAGUUUUCAAAAAUGUUGGGUUUCAGUGACCGGAUGUUGCGUUUGCGUGUGGACGAACGGACAAACCGCAUAAAAAAGCUGCGGUUUUAAAAACACCCGCGUUCGUGUGGACAGAGCCUCAGAUUGCUGAGCUGACAAAAGACAUGGUGGUUGUCAUGGCAACUGUAAUUGUGCUAUUGUAAUUUAUUUCACAAGUCCGGGCUGAUGUUAAAUAAAUCUGUGAGAAAAUUAGGAUGUAAAUAAAGACUCUGAGGCUGAAAUCAGACUGCGAUGACUGAUGUGCGCUAGUUAGCAGUUAGCCAACCAGUAGCACUUGGGGGUGGGGUUUUCUCAUUUGCAUAUUCAUAGAUCGUGACAUUUUUAAAUAUGGUAAAAGAUACCGAGCCGCUCUUAGAUCAUUUUUAGUAAAACACAGAUUAAAGAACCGAUUCAAUUAAAGAUUAUUUUAACAGAUGAAGCUGAUAUUCAGAGAACUUUAAUGA